AUGGACCAACUUGCAUCUCUAAUCCAUCUUCAGUUCUGUUGGGGAAGAAAAACAAUGGACUGGGGUUUUGUGCAUAGAAUUUGGGACAAAUGGGCAUCCAACAACGUGGGUUAUUCAGGUCUACCAUUGAAGGGUGCUUUGUUAAUUAACUAUGAUCCUACCGGACCUGGUCGCCUAGUAUCUACCGUAGCAGAGCAAGAGGGCAUACAAGCUGAUCCAAUUGAACUUAGUCAGUUUGUCGGUUAUGUUAAGAGAAACAAACUUCAGACAGAGAGCUUCUUUAUUGGAUCAAACCAAUAUCUUGUCACCUCAAUUCAUGAGAGUUGGUUUGGUGCAAGGUGCAUGGACACUUCAAAACCUGCUGGUGAAGGUGCUAUUGUGAUGCAGACGGCAGCAUUUCUCUUGGUUGGACUAUACGAGGGCUCUAUAGGAUCAGCAUCUCGUGCAAUGGCGGCUGUUGAUCAAUUUGCGUGGCAAUUAGGACGAAGAAACCUUUGA